GCUGAGACAGUCCUAAAACGAUUUCUCUCGUCCGCAGUCGCUCGGCGCUUCGACCGCCACCAGUCGCCGUCGUCACCGGAACGCUUCUCUAUUGAUCGCUUUCAUUCACAAUGUUUUGACAUUCCGGAGUGAAUAAUAAAUAAAAUAGUACUACGCACCACCACAUUAGUACUUGGAAGUGUUACCGGUGUACGAGCUAAUUUUAAGUUAGAUCAAUUUCAAAUUAGCACUGCUUAUAUAGAACUUAAAUCCUUUUAAUAGGUAAAGCGGCAACUAAAGAUGAGAGACACGAAGAAACGUGAUGGCGCACAUGAAGUCAUGUUGGCCAAGGGCAAAAAGCCGCAAGUUGCCAACAAAGAAGCCCAAAGUGCGGAAGAAUAUGAAGCUCUUCAAAGUUUUCUCCGCAGCAUCAGUUCAACGGCAACUCUACCUCCUUACGUGAAAGGAGAAACCUAUUCAUCAGUUCGAGGUGUUUUUAAUCAGUGUUUAAUAACCUGCGCAGUACUCAUCUUGGCGGCGGGCGCAGGACACCCUAUUGGAUUUUCAGCAGUCGCUCUGCCACAACUUCGCACGGAAAAUUCCUCAAUGAGAAUUGACGAUGAGAUGGGAUCGUGGAUAGCAAGCAUCCAUUCAGCAGCAACACCAUUAGGGUCGAUGUUGUCCGGUCCUAUAAUGGAAGCUAUAGGGCGACGGAAAACGCUACAAGCGUCUACUCUGCCGCUGAUUGUAGGAUGGAUACUCAUAGGAACAGCGUCCCACCAUGCUCUUUUACUUUUGGGAAGAAUUGUAUGCGGUUUCGCAGUUGGUAUUCUUGCGGCACCCUCACAAGUGUACUUAGGAGAGAUCUCAGAACCUCGGUUAAGGGGCUUGCUCAUAGGGACGCCUUUUGUAGCAUACUCGCUAGGUGUACUCUAUGUAUACGCUCUGGGAGGGGCUCUGACAUGGCGUUCGGUGGCUCAUUUAUCAAUAGUUCUACCUGCGCUAGCAUUUGCUGCGUUAUGCUUCUCACCAGAAAGCCCAACAUGGCUUGCACGGCAAGGACGUUUCCAUGACGCCAUGGCAGCUAUGUCGAGAUUACGAGGAGAUUCAGAUACAGCGCAACGGGAACUUCACGAAUUAAUAUCGGCUCGCGAAAAGGAAAAGGCGCGAGGCGAAGAGAGCGUCCGUUUUCUCGCUACGGUUCUACGGCCGCCUGUACUGAAACCGCUUUUGUUGAUCAAUGCGUUCAACAUGCUACAAAUCUUAUCCGGAAGUUAUGUCGUCAUAUUCUACGCUGUUGACAUUGUUAAGGAUGCUGGAGGUUCUCUUAGUCCUCACAUGGCAGCGAACGCGAGCGCCUGUGUUAGGCUUGCCGUCACAGUUAUCGCUUGUGUACUCCUGCUAAGAGUAACCCGACGAUUCCUCGUGCUCCUCUCAGGUAUCGGCACGGCGGUCUGCACUUUGGCUCUCGCCUUCCUCCUGAGCCAAGGACCCGGAACAGGCGUGACUCCACCGGCCCUUAUCCUUGGUUACGUCGCCUUUAACACCCUUGGCUUUUUCCUUCUACCGGGCCUCAUGAUUGGCGAACUUCUCCCUACAAAAGUACGCGGUCUUUGUGGAGGUUACAUUUUCUGUCUCUUUAACGCUGUUCUCUUCGGAUUUACAAAACUAUACCCUAUCAUGAAAAAUAGUAUCGGCAUGGCUGGAGUUUUUGGACUUUUCGGCGCUGCAGCAUCGCUCGCUACCAUCGUCCUAUUCCUGUUACUUCCGGAAACUAAAGGCAAAUCUCUCAUCCAAAUAGAACAGUAUUACCAAAAGCCUAAUAUACUUUGGGUAACACGUAAAAGAACGGCAGACACUCAGAACGUUUGAAAUGCUGGAAAAGUAUUAUGAUAUUACUUAAAUAAUAAUAGACACUUAUGAUAAUGAAACUUGAGCGCCAACGAUUUGCCCUAUUGCGCAACAUUAUCGGUAAUCGGCAGCACUAGGCUUGCACCAAGUAUUAGCAUGUUCCUAAUAUUAACGUGGCACAUUCAGUGAGCCUGUAUUAACUUGAGAAUAUGAUGCUUAAAAUGGAACGUCUAAACGUUUACGACAUCGUAAUUAAAGAUUUACUGAAUGAAACGAUCUUAAAAUAGCUGAGACAUAACACAAAUGGAUAUGUUUAAUUAUAUUAUAUUCCAAAGCUAAGAAUAUUAGCCUUACUGAAUCCAAAGGAUUAUUUAAAAAAUGUUAAAAUUUAGUUAUAAAUAAAUAUCAACUUGAGUCUUUUAUUUAAUUGUAUAAGUAAUGUGUAAAUGUUAAUAUAAGCUUGAUGUUUUAAAUUUACCAUCUUGCCUGGUUUAGAAGUGUAUAUAAUAAUAAAAAUAUUUUUAU